AUGCCUUCUAAAACCUUGACUCCCCCUUCUAUCCCCUCGCCCAAAGGCCCUGACCAACAUGUCGUGAGAGCGUUUCUUGAUCAACUCAAGAUGCUGUCCUCAAAUGCGGGAUUUGAUGCCAUUGUAGGCAUUUAUGAUGAAAACAACAGGCUACUCGACCAGUUGAAGUCUAAAGAGCAUGACAUUGUAACCCUCAAAGAUCAGAUGAGCGAUCAAGAAAGGAAGCAUGAAACGGCCUUGGGCGAAGUGUUUAAGGUUCAUGAAAAGGAGAAGGGCAGACACCAAGAAACAAAAGAUCAUGUGAAGACGCUGAAAACGCUCAUUAGUGACAAGGAUAAAUGUAUUUCUGAGCGGGACAAGGUGGUAGAUGAGCUGGGGAAGAAGUUGAAGAAUCUCGAAUCCGACAAUGCAAAGGAAAGGGAAAAAUUGGCACUUGCUCAAAGGGAGAUCAAUAGUUUUCAGCAAACCAUUCAAGAAAAAGACACUAACAUUAACAAGAUGCGAGAAACGGAGGCGAGCUUGAAAGAUAAACUCACUUCCACCAAGAACAGGGUCAAGGAACUGGAAGAUAACGCUAGUGUCCUCAAGGGGUCGCUGAAGGCAACCGAAGCAAGCCUCAACAAAUUGCAGGGUUAUGCUGUGAAAUACAGUGCAGUAACUGAGGACUCAGUCAUUGAAAGCUUGGGCAAGCUUUGGGAGUCUGCCAAAAUUGAAAUAUUCGCCGUGCUGAGAAACGACCUUCCUGACGAGAGUCUUCGGAAUAUUUCAGCAUGGGAGAAGCUUCGAAAACGUGAAUUGGCACGAGAGCACAAAAUUCCCCUUCCAUGUUCGAACACACCAGCGGCGAAGCAGAUGAGGCUUGCUACCAUCUUGGCUAUCCUAGCCAGAGAGAUCAACAAGCAUAUCUUCCUGCCGGUAUACAUCGCACCCGUCGACAACAUGUGUCACCCAUUUCGACAAGUUCUCGCCAACGAGGCGGCCAUCGAUAGCGAGAAAGAGUCGUAUUGCCGAUCGAUUCUUCUGUCGCUAGACCCACCAACUCAAGACAGUCUCUGCUCGGUGGGCAUUCAAACUGUGGUGCAGAAUGUGUCAGAAUAUCUGUAUGAGUUACUCCCGGAAGACCAACGCCCUGCUUUCUAUAAUACUCUGAGCAAAGUGGUGCAGAAGGCAGCAGUUGUCUGGAAACCGAUCCAGCGCAGCAAACGCAGAUAUGAGCUAGACUUUGACCCGCCCGCCGCCGAUGAUGAUUGCGAUGCCUUCACGUUUCCCAGUACCGAGAAGACGACCACCGAGAGAAACGCCAACCAAAGGAAUCCUAACAAGAUCUCCUUGGCUGUGUUCCCACGACUGUCUAUUAUUGAAAACAAGGAAAUCACUGCAUAUACUACUUCUACACAGUUAAGCAGUUCACAAUCUCCAUGGGUUACUGCCGAAAGGGAAAUGAAUAAAGAACCGGCCAGUCCCACUAUUGGGCGGAUGCCCUGGAAAAGGAGAUCGAAUACUCCCAAGAGUUUAUCUCUUCCGAACGGUAGCUCAAAGAAGACUUAA